UAAAAACCAUUAAAAUUGCUAAAUAGUUAAAUAUGUUUUAUAAACAUUAAAUUGAAAGGCUUAAAAAUCGACGAAAAAUCACAGCAAUGAGCAGCAACAAUGGCAACGAUCAGUCGCAAGCACCACCGGCAACAGCAACAUAUGUUGCAGCUGCAGCAGCAACAACUACUGCCCAUCAGGAGGCCAAUGCAGCUGCAGCAGCAGCAGCAGGAUCAGGAUCAGGAUCACAGGUUUCGCGACCUGCAACAGCACCAGCUCGCUCCAGCAACAACAACAACAACGGCAGCAGCAGCAACACCAGCUUUUACACUGUCAAUCUGAGCAACACGGACGGCAGCAACAACAACACCAGCAGCAGCAGCAGCAGCAGCAAUGCGAAGCAGGCCAGCAACAACAAUCACAAUGAGAGCAGCACUUUGGUGGUCAACACCAGCAAUACGGCUGCAACAGCAACGGCAACAUCGGCUACCAACAACAACCACAUCUAUGUGAAUCCGCACAGCUACGACAGCAGCACCACCGGCAGCGCCAGUGGCUCCACGGCGGUGAUGUUGCCACUGCCACUCACUUUGCCGCUGCAACACCUGCCACAGCAACACCUGCAGCCGGCAGCAGCAACAGCAGCAGCAACACUCGAGCAGCAGCAACACCCUCUGGGCAGCAGCAACACGGGUGCCAUCAGUCGCAUUGGCACCUCCACAUCCACCACCCUGAGCACCCUGAACACAUAUCUCUUUCCCUGCGGCGCCGAUUCCGCGAGCAGCUGCGAUUUGGACAGCAAUUUCAGCCAGAUGCUCGGCGGAGGAAGCGAAGGCAGCCAGGCAACGGCACCCGCGGGAUCUGGAUCCCAGUCGGGAUUGGGACUGGGAUCGGGAUUGGGCGUCCAGUUGGGACUGGGCUUCAUCAACAGCCGACGGCGCAUUCGGCGGCUCUUUGGCGUGGCAGUGGGAAAUGGUGAGAUGGUGCCGCCCGCUUUGGCCGCCACGCCCACACCCUAUGCCGCCGCCCUGCGGCGACGCAGCUCGCAGCAGGUGUUGCAGGUGCAGCAGAUGAGCAAGAAGCGGGAAAAGGAGCUGGAGGACAUGGAGCAGCAGCAGCGAAUCGCAACGGUGGCCUCGGCAAAUGCCGCUUUUCUCGAGCGACGCGAGCAGCAGCAGCAGCAGCAGCAGCAACAUUUGCAGUUUGCCUUUAAUCCCCUGCAAUUGGAGGCUGGGAAAAAGAAGAAAAAGAAGCCACCUGGACCGCCUGCACACACGAGACAGCAAUCGUCGCGAACCAUGGACGAUCCCAUGAUGAAUCGGCCCAGGAAAAAUACACCGGCGGUCAGCAAGAAGAAGGAAAAGGGACCCGAGAACCCCUAUGAGAAGUACCCAUCACCAAAAAUCCAAAUCCAAAAGCACCCACCGCUCUUAAGCCUCAAAAAAAAUAAUUAAAUUAAAUUAAGAGAGAACAAAUAUAUUUAAUUAAAUAUUAUGCAGCAAAACAAGAUGCUUAUCUUUGAAUUUGAUUUACGCGCUGCCAUUUUGUUUGAUUUACUCGCUUGUAACGAUUUGAAUAAAAUGAUUAAGAAAUAUAUAUCUUUAAAAUUUUUGAGUACCGCUUUGCUUUAUCGCUUCUCAACGCUUUUUCGCCUUGUUGACAUUCUACUUUGCACCCAAAGUUGCAAAUUUUAUCUUAUGCCCAUGUGA